AUGACCUCGGCGGCGUCGUCCGUCUCGAGCUCGCUCGCUACGAGCCCGGGGAACAGUCUCGCCUCAGCUACGACUUCAAGCCUCACGACGAUUCUCACAACGCAAACCUAUCCGAUGGCCUCACAAGGCUCCUCCAACAUCCCCGGAGCAUCUAUCACACACCCGGAUGCGUAUUCGAAAGCGAAAGAAUCCGUCAUCUCGUUCGUGAACCAGUUCGUCUCGAACCUCAUCUCGCAGGCCGCGGAGAGCGCCCCGGCGACGGGGCUGACCACGGGGCUGACGACGGGGAUGGGGAAGGAGACUGGGAUGCCAAAGGGGGAGAAGAUUGGUUUAGGGAUUGGUUCGGCAGUGAUUGGACUCGUAGUUUUUGGAAUCCUCGUAAGUAGGCUCCUGCGCGUGAUGGGCUUGGUAUGGCUUUGCGAGCUGACCCUCGGCCAACUUCCAUCUCGACCAGGGGUACUUCCUCAUUCGCCGGUCGCGAACACAUGAGCGCUCCCGCUUCCUCAGCAGAUCAGACAAGAUCCGCGACCAUGCCCCCCAGCAGAGCACACCCAAUCCGUACAGUGGCUCCGUAGAAAGGCCACGCUCGGCCUUCGACAACGAAGAGGACGAGGAUUUUGGGUUUUACGGGAACGAGCCAGGGCAUUCGGAUGCGGUCGAGUUGGAGAGAAGGUACCGACAAGAUUCGACGUCGGCUCCGACGGGUGUGUGGAGGAAUGAACCCUUCUGA